CUCGUACUCAUGUCCCGAGGAUGAAGGACUAUUGUGUAAAAGGUCCGACGAGCUGUACAUAGCUUUCGUCCGGGGCAAUCCUCUACUCUCGUGUGAAGCGAUCGUUGACAACUAUUUCACUAUUAUUCCCGUCUUUCAUUUCUCCUCAGCUAGCAGCCGCGAUCUACCAUCAUCGCACCAGUCCCGUAACCAACCCCAAAACACAACAGUAACUACUGUAACAGAGCUAGAACGUCCCCCGCCGGCGCCAUGCCUAUCUUCAAGUCCUCACAACCUCCCAUUGAGAUGCCAUGGCAUCUCCCCGUGUGGACAUGGCUGUUCGAUUCCGAGUACAGUCCACUCCGCAACUUCAGGCCCGAAGAGAUCAAAGGCUUCACGAACGCCAUUACGAAAGAGGUACUCUUUCACCUCGACUUCUCCCUGUUCUCUUGUUCUUCACAUCCACUAUUACUACUGCUGGCCUUUCUUCUUCAAAACUCCCCUCCUCUUUGCUAGAGCAUCCAUAACACCGCUGCAAGCUACAAGCUAGGCUGUACAACUGUACAAAAUACUAAUCCAACCGAGAGAGCAGCAUCUUAGCUACACCGACCUGAAAACGCACACCACGCAUCUCUCUACCGCCCUGGUGAAAGAGUACGGCCUCCAGCAAGGCCAGACGGUCGCCCUCUUCUCUCCGAACACGGUAUGGUACCCGUGCGCCAUGUUCGGCACCCUGCGAGCCGGCGGCGUCGUCUCGGGCGCCAGUCCCGCGUACAACGUCGAGGAGAUGAGUUACGCCCUGCGCACCGCCGAGGCGAAGUUCCUGUUCACCGUGCCGGGCAGCAUGGCCGUCGCCGCCGCCGCCGCCAAGAACGCCGGCAUCCCCCAGAGUCACGUCUUCCUUCUGGAGGGCAAGAUGGACGGCUUCACCACCAUGUCCGAGCUGAUCGAAGUAGGUAAAUCGUACGGCUCGGCCGGGCAGAUCGAGCAGUUCCGCCUGCCCGCUGGUAAGCAGAACAAAGACGUGUGCGGCUUUUUGAGUUUCUCCAGCGGCACCACGGGCCUGCCCAAGGCCGUCAUGAUCGCGCACGGCAACGUCAUUGCGCAGUGUCUGCAGGUUCGGCAGAUCUCGCCCGACACCCUGCGCCGGAUCCUCGCGGUGCUGCCGCUGUUCCACAUUACGGGCUUGGUGCACCAGUUGCAUCUCCCCGUGCUGCUGAAUGCGAACGUGUACAUGCUGCCCGCCUUCAGCAUGGACUCGAUGCUCGCCACCGUGCAGGAGUACCAGCUCGAGGAGAUGCUUCUCGUGCCGCCGAUCCUGAUCCGCAUGGUGCGCGACGAGAAGACCAUGGCUAAGUACGACCUCUCCAGCGUCAAGCGCCUCUCGUCAGGCGCGGCUCCUCUGUCCGCCGAGAUUCUCGACUUGUUGAAGAAGAAGUUCCCCGGCACCGGGUUCAAGCAGGGCUACGGCAUGACCGAGAGCUGUAGUUGCAUCACGACGCAUCCGCCCGACAAGUACGACUACAAGUAUGCGACUCGGGUGGGCACGGUCGUGGCGAGCACCGAGGUCAAGAUUGUAGACCCCGAGACGGGCAAGGAGUGCGGAUUGAACGAGCCCGGCGAGAUUUGGGCGCGCGGGCCGCAGAUUGUCAUGGGAUAUUUGAACAACAAGCGCGCGACAGAGGAGACGUUUGAUAAGGACGGCUUCUUACACACGGGAGACAUCGGCUGCAUGGACGAGGAAGGCCUGAUCACCAUCACCGAUCGCCUGAAGGAGAUGAUCAAGGUCAAGGGCAUUGGUGUGGCGCCCGCCGAACUGGAGGACUUGCUCCUCGGACACCCUGAUGUCGAGGAUGUGGCAGUCCUCGGUAUUGCAGAUGACUAUUCCGGUGAGCGGCCCAAGGCCUAUGUCGUGCUGAAGCAGUCGAAACGAGAUCAGCCCGAGGCCGUUGGGAAGGCCCUGAUCAAGUACGUCCAGGACAAGAAAGUGCGGCAUAAGUGGAUCACCGAGGUCGAAGUCGUCGAUGAGAUUCCCAAAUCGCCCAGUGGGAAAAUUCUGCGGAGAGUUCUGAGGGACAUGGGCAAGAGCGGGAAGAAGGGCGUUGUUGUCAAGGAUGAGAGAGAAAGGGCGAGGUUGUGAAGAGGAGGAGAAACACUUCGUCGUGAGAGACGUAACCCUGUCCACAGGAAUAUGCUGCUUCGAGAGUGGUGGGAUAUGGUAAGACUUGUGGGACAGAGAUAUUGAAGAGACAUUGUCGAGAUAUAAAGCAAAAAGUCAGGCUGUGAGGUGGGAUUCCCUGUGAAGAAAAGAGCCGCUCCAGAGUUGCACAUCGAGGUCGAACAACAUCCCAAUAAUGCCGCAUUCUAGUCAUCGUUUCCAGCAAGAUUUGCAUCAAUGAGGGAGGUGGGGACCGAAUGGCUUUUCAGCGGCUUUUGUAUUCAUUCAAAGAGCAAAACAAAAUUCCCAACCACCUCUUGGUAGCUCAUCCAGAACCAC